AUGCUUGUUAAAAAUGUAGAUUUUGGUCUAUUAAGAUCAUCUUGUAGUAAAAUUAUACCUCAUUUAUAUUAUUCUUCAAUUUCAGGUGAACAGUUAGAUAUCCAAUACAAAAAAAAUGUAAAUAAUUACGAUUUACUAUCAGAAUCUUCUCUUUUAUUAAGAAAAAGUAACAAAGAUUUAUUUAAUGAUCAACUUUUUAAUUUUUACACUGUAAAAUCUAUAACUCCUAAAGCUAAUUAUAUUACCUUAUCACCCUAUUAUAAGUUAAUAUUAAUGUACAAUAAUAUUUUUGAAUUACAACCUGCUGGGAAUCAAUACUCUUUAUUUUGUAAAAAUGUACUACUUAAAAAAAUACUAGAAGAAGAUUAUCAAAAUGUAUUUAAAAAUAUAUUAGAUGAACUAAUACUACCAGAGACAUUAUUUAAAAGAGCAUUAACUAGAUUACAGGAUAAUCUAACGUUUUUUAGUAAUGUAUUUGAGGUUAAUAGUUAUAUUGAAAAUUUCAUUAAAAGAUCUAAUUUUAACACUAAGAAUAAUUAUUUAGAGAAACUAUUACAUGUUACCGAUGAAGAAAGAUUUGUAAAAGAAAUGCCAUUUUUAAAUGAUUUAUAUAACAUAAUAAAUUUAUAUAAAGAAAUAAGUACUAAUAAUAUUACGAAUGAUAAUAAAUUUGUAAUAUUUAACGUGGAUGAGUCAUUAAUAAAUGAUUUAAGAAAUAAUACAAAGUUAAUAAUUAAUAAAAAGGAAUAUAAUGUGACAGUAGAAGGGUUUUAUGAUAACAAUAAGAAUAGUAAAGAUAUAUUAUUUGAUGUACGAGGUGAUAAUAAUAAAUAUGCUUUUGUAUUUGAUCGCGAUCAACUAAGACAAGGAGAUAUUAAUAAGUUAAAAAUAACAAUAAGUAAUGGAAAAGAAAGUGAAAGUGAGGUGGUAGAUGUACCUGGCUGUUUGAUAAAUGAAGGGGUGUCUAAUGCUAUUACUUUUUUUUCUGAAUAA